AGUGGUAUCAUUGGUCGUAGCAGGAAAGAUUUCAGGAGAUACUUAUUCAACUUCAUCGCUGCCAUGCCUCUCAUCUCUGUAAUUAAUAACUUCUUGAAGUUUGGGUUAAAUGAGCUCAAACUGUGCUUCCGAGUAAGACUAACUAAAUACCUCUAUGAGGAGUAUCUCCAAGCUUUCACAUAUUAUAAAAUGGGAAAUCUGGACAACAGGAUAGCCAAUCCAGACCAGCUGCUUACACAAGAUGUAGAAAAGUUUUGUAACAGUGUAGUUGAUCUGUAUUCAAAUCUUAGUAAGGCUGAUUUCAGUAAAAACAGAAAUCUGAACUUUUGUCACUUGACGUGUGGACUUGUGGCAAUUGCUAGAAAUUGA